AUGUCGUCUUCACGGCCUGACGGCGGGGACUCGCCCUCGUCGUCACCUCUUUCCUCUCCUCCCUCUAAAAUCGACACUUCAACUCGCCCCCGGCCACGACCCAAGCUCGUUUCUUUUGGCCGCGACUCGCUCAUGGGCGGACGGCCAGACACUGAGGGCCACACCCACGUAGAAUUCAUCCACGAGAACUCGCCCACCAUUAUCCCCCAGAGAAUGUCUUCCGAAGUCGAUCCGCUCCUUAAGGAGGCUUUGUCGCCUGACGACGACGACGACUGGUUGGGCGAACAACAGGUCGAGGAGACCAAGAGCAGUUGGUUCCUGUUCUUGCUCACCUUUGGUGGCCUGGGCCUGCAAAUAGGAUGGUCUGUAGAGACCUCCAAUGGAUCCCCGUACCUACUCUCACUCGGUUUGAGCAAGUCGAUGCUUGCCCUCGUGUGGAUUGCCGGCCCGCUCUCCGGUGUGCUCGUGCAACCCUAUGUCGGUCUCAAGAGUGACAACUGCCGUCUGCGCUGGGGAAAGCGGAGGCCUUUCAUCAUCGGCGGUGCCGCUGCAACCAUCGUGUCCCUCAUGGUCCUCGCUUGGGCAAGGGAAAUCAUCGGUGGCUUUCUAGGCCUCUUCGGUGCUGACCCAGAGUCAAAUGGUGUCAAGACAUGCAUCAUGCUGUUCGCCGUCUUGUUCGUAUACGUGCUGGAUUUCGCUAUCAACGUCAUCCAAGCCGGUGUACGAGCAUACAUCGUCGAUGUAGCACCCACUCAUCAACAAGAGUCUGCCAAUGCAUGGCUCAUGCGCUCUGCUGGUAUUGGCAAUAUUUUGGGCUACCUGGCAGGUUAUAUCAACCUACCAGACUACCUUCCCUGGCUCGGUGGCACACAGUUCAAGGUCCUGUGUGCUAUCGCCUCCUUUGUCAUGAUCCUCACGGUCGGCAUCAGUUGCUCAACCUGCUCGGAACGCGAUCCUCAAUUCGACACUGCACCAGCUGAGCAGAAGGAAGGUGUCAUCGCUUUCUUCAAGGGUCUCGCGCGCUCAGUCAAGAAACUGCCUCCCCAGAUCAAGAAGGUCUGCGCCGUUCAAUUCUUCGCUUGGAUUGGAUGGUUCCCGUUCCUCUUCUACAUUACCACCUACGUUGGCGAGAUUUAUGCCGAUCCCUACUUUGAGGAGAACCCCCAUCUACCGGAUGCUAAAAUUGAUGAGAUUCUGGAGAAUGGUACGAGAAUUGGCACCAGAGCCCUGCUGAUUUUUGCCAUCACCACAUUCUUCGCCUCCGUCUUCCUGCCAUUCGUCAUUCCCCCAACAUUCCAAGCCCCAGAACCCGACCGCCCGAUAACACCGGCAACGCCAAUGACACCGACGACACCACACUCUAUGGGUGGCUCCGGCUACUUUGCCCUGGGGCCCGCCCCCAAGAGGGACUCGAACACAUUCAUGGACAAAAUAUCUAGGUCAAUGGAGAUGAUGCAGGUUAAGUCGCUUACCCUUCGUCGAUCUUGGUUCAUAUCGCACAUCCUCUUCACUGUACUUAUGGCCCUUACCUUCUUCGUUCGUAGCACGUGGGGAGCGACUGUCCUUGUCGGUGCUAUUGGCAUUCCUUGGUGUGUCACCAAUUGGGCGCCAUUUGCCAUCAUUUCUUCCGAGAUCUCCAAGAGAGAUGCCAUCCGCCGUGGUAUCAUCAAGCCUCGUGACCGCGAAUCACAGCUCAUCGCCGAGGGCGAGGAUGACGGUUCAGGCGCCGAUUCUGCCGGUGUCGUUCUGGGAAUUCACAACGUCGCCAUCGCAGCACCGCAGGUCAUCGCCACACUUGUGAGCGCCAUUAUGUUCAAGCUUCUACAAAAGCCCAGAGGGACAGCAGGCGAUACAAGUGUGGCAUGGGUGCUGCGCUUUGGUGGUGUCUGUGCCCUAGUUGCUGCAUGGUUGACAUUGCAGGUCAACGAAGAAAAGGAGGAAGAGGAGGAGGAAGAACCUUUCAGGAGGAGGCGGAUGUCUUAG